AUGAGUUCCCCCGACCCCCAUACCGCUAGUGGCGACCGUCCGCCGUCGAGGAAUUCACAUGCUAUAUGGCAUCCCGCCAGAGAAUGGCUCGAAGAGGAUGAAGAAGAUGAUAUGGACGAUGAACCUGAAACUGAAAUUUCAGAAUAUCCAGAGGACGCAUCACAUCCGGAUGAGGAUACUUUCGACGACGAAGACGGCUUCUACGGCGUUAAUCUGAAUUAUCUCGGAAAUCCGGCACAGUCUGGAGAAGCGGCAGGUCAGGCCGGUGGCAGACACUCCCGAGUUUCUCACCACUUAUUGCUAGCAGUCUCCGCUGCCCGAUUGUUGAAUUUACUGGCAUCAAACGGCAUGCGACAUAUCCUCCAUUACAGCCGGGCUGGUGGGCAAAUGGACGAAGAUGAAGAAGAUGAAGAGGAGGAGCUUGCCGGCUUCUUUGGAUUUAGGAGACGAGCACGGCGAGGUGGGGGUGAUCCGGCACCCCCAGUACCGAGUGAAGAAGGCGCGAAAUUAAUGGCUUCUGGCGACUUUGGAAGCAAUUCCUAUUACACUGAUGAGUUGAAAAAGAGGAGGAAAAGUCUUGCAACGAGGACAAUGUGGCGAGAACUAGGUAUUGAUCUGUCUGGUCCGAGGCAGGAGGUGCAGUCGAUAACUCAAGGCCUUAUACCUGGCUCAGUUGCCGACAAGAUCAUUCACUUCGACUCAAGGUGCUACUCGGGGCAGUUCUCCGAUGAUGGCAACUUUUUCUUCUCCUGUUCGCAGGACUUCAGGGUUAGGAUGUACGAUACGUCUAACCCGUAUGAAUGGAAGUACUACAAAACUGUGGACUACCCUUUUGGCCAGUGGACUAUCACCGAUGCCACCCUGAGUCCAGAUAACAGAUUCUUGGCGUAUACAUCCAUACGAAACCUUGUUUGUCUUGCUACCACAGACCCGCUUGAUACCUCUGAGCCGUCGGUGUUGAACCUGUCAUCCUCUAAUGGAAGGCAAUUUGGUAUCUGGUCGGUGCGGUUUUCAGGUGACGGCCGCGAAAUCGUAGCAGGCACGUCGGAUAACUCGGUUAUUGUAUACGACCUCGAAACCCGACAGUCAAUCCUACGCCUUCGCAACCACGAGGAUGAUGUGAAUGCGGUCUGCUUCGGUGACAAGUCUUCCCCUCACAUUCUCUACUCUGGGUCCGAUGAUAGCACGCUACGAGUGUGGGACAGACGCUCAAUGGGUGACGGACGUGAAGCCGGUGUGUUCAUCGGACAUACGGAAGGACUGACAUACGUCGAUAGCAAAGGUGAUGGUCGAUAUGUGCUUUCCAAUGGCAAGGACCAGAACAUGAAGCUGUGGGAUCUGAGAAAAAUGAUGACCACUGCGAAGUUCGAUACAAUCGACGCCCAGGAUUACACCAGCGGCUUUGAUUACAGGUUCGAGCCAUACCCCGAAAACUACUACCAGUCGCACCCACAUGAUUGCUCUGUAGUGACAUUCCGAGGCCAUCGGGUCCUCAAAACUCUGAUACGAUGUCAUUUCUCGCCCCCAGACAGCACGAACUCUAGAUACGUGUACACUGGAAGUGCAGACGGCAAAGUUUAUGUGUACAACUUGGAUGCAACCCUUGCCGGAACAAUCGAUGUCGGUCAAGCGACAGUGGACACUCGACCGCAAGACCCCGACAUGAUGAACAGUGCGUAUGAUUUUAGUAGCCGCUCCGGCGACUUAGCCUGGCAAACGUGUGUCCGAGACGCGAGCUGGCAUCCCAACGCCCCUGUAGUAGCUGCAACGUCAUGGAAUGGUUGGGGCCUUUCAACCGGCACCUGCACAGUACAUUCCUGGAAUGGCGGCGCCGCCGAGGACGAGGGGACUCCACCAGUCUCCAGAAAUUACGAUUGCCGGCUGAAAUCCGUGCGCGAAUAUGACCAGUUUAAGGAGACAGUCCACCACCUUCGAAGUCGACCCGUAUAUCGGCGGAGGUAUGAAGAUGACGAGUACGCGGGUGAAAUAUGGUGA